ACUUGCCCUUCGGUUUCCCACAAUAAGAAAAAAACCUUAGCCCUAAGUCCAAACCCCAUUCAAAAAUUCGUUCAAUCUUCCGAAUCCCGCCUAAAAAACUUCCUCGAAAUCUUUCUUUCUAGUGCGAAGCAUCAGGGUGCUCUGAAACUCUAAGCAAUUCUUUAUAUCCUAACCCCCAUAGUGUAGGUGAAUUUUAGGUUGUCUUCUUUAUUUGUCGGAUUCACUUGUUCUGCUAAUUUCUCAAGGAAAAUGGAGAAUCUUUACUCCAAACUCUACGAUAAAUACAACAAACUAAAGACAAGAAAGGAUUCAGAUCUCGAUCGUUAUAAUCAUGACCAAGAAGUGAAAUUCACUGAUUACAUGGCUGCUGUUGAGGAGUUAGUAAAUUGCCUGAGAAGUGAAAAUGAUAGGAUUGUUACUAAGAAUCAAGACUUAAUGAAUGAAUUAGCAUCAGUAAGAGCCGAUAGAUCUGACAAGGAAGAGUUAUGCGUCCAGUACAAAAAGCUUUUAACUGAAGAAACCAGAAAGGGAAAAGAGCUUUCUGAAGAAGUAGAAAAGCUACGCAAUCUGCAGCAAGAGGGGCUCUCCUGCAGUGCCAGGGUUCGGUACAAUGAAAAUGGGCAAAUGGAAUCCCCUAGAGGAACUUAUCUUGAGUCAGGACAGAUAUCCAGCGUCAGCACCAGGAAAAGGCAUUCAACCGAUGAAGACCCAAACAGCAGAGGGAAGCUUCCUGUGGUAACAGGAACAGAAAAAGAUUCACAUAGGGGCUUACGUUCUGACAAUGAUCAAAGCAUUCAAAAGGAAAGUUGCUGCGGGAAAGUCAUCAGUUCAGGGGACUCAAUCAAUGCCAAUUGCGUGUUUCACACCCUAAUGGAAUUUCUAAUUGGCAUGAAAUUUGAAUUUGUUACUAAAGCGGAUGGGCCGUGUCUUUCUGCACUUCAUCAAUCAAGUGGGUAUUCAUUCACCUUAAUGUGGCUCACUAAAGCGUCUGAGAAUGAACCUCUGGAGCUACUGUACCAUGUCCUAUCUUUAGGGACUUUUGAAAGGAUUGCGCCAGAGUGGAUGAGGGAGGACUUAAGUUUUAGCUCAAGUAUGUGCCCUGUGUUCUUCAAGAGGGUAUCCUCGGUUAUUGGAUUGCAUUUGUAAUGUUUCUAUAGGUGGUGUUUGUGUUCUUUUAAGCAUCUGUAUCUAAUUCGAUGGAAUCCGAGGUUUGAAUUAUGCCGGAUCUUGAUUUAUCUUUUAGUUUGUGAAAGCAUACUUCACUA